AUGUUGGGUCGGUUUGAAAGCGAGCGCGGGCGUCUGGCCUUCCUGCGGUGGCGGAGGAAAUAGCGGUCCCGAGGAGGGCGGUGUCGCGCUCGGGGAUGCUUUGUCGCGUCGUCCGGUUUGGGCAGGGCUUGGGCUGUCCGCCGCCCGGAGUCUGGAAGUGCGCGCUUUAAAAUAAAAGUGUCCUGGGACGCUGCCAUCCCGGAGCCAGCCCGACAGCCACACCCAGCGCACAGGGAUGGUCCCAGUCUCUGCAGCCCAAGGCCUGCCAUAACCGGUGUUCCAGACCCGUCGCCGCUGCCCUCCCCUUGGAAGGCUAAACCAGAGAGCAGCGGGUUCCAAGAGUUGUGCUCCACUUCCAGAGCGUCCAUCUAUCUCCCUGGCACUCAUUUGACGCGGUCGGGUCGUCUGUGUUUUGAAUCGAGGUAGUUGACAUUUCUUGCCCUAACUUUUAUUCUGCACCGCGAUGGAUUUAUUUCGGGAGAUUGAAACCGGCACUUCUGAAGGGAAUGUAUUUAAUGGAAACGAGUAACUCCUUUUGAGAAAGCCAUGGCGAAAUUAAACACAAAGCACAGGGGUUGUUGUCGAGAGUCUUCAGUGUCUUCUCUCCUGGCAAGCGGCAGCCUGAGUGGCAGCAGCUCCCACAGCUCUCACAGCUCCCACAGCUCGUUUGUGUAUAAGGACCAGCUGUACAGCUCGGCUUCCGAGGCUCUGCAGGCCUAUAUUGAUGAUUUUGACCUGAGCAGAGAACAUCCUGGUGCAAACGCCGUCAAAGCAAACACUGACGGUGAGGUUGGUAAUGGGCUGCAAUUUCCCAGCUAUGUGCAUACACCCGACAAUGCUUUUGACAAUCUUGAUCCCAAGCAGCACUUUAACCCCUUGUACUAUAGAAGAGAGACUGUUAAUGACAUGGACGCCAUUAGCCUGACAACUGAUGAUUUGUUAAGACUUCCAGCGGACGGAUGCUUUUCCUUCACUUGUGUUCCACCUGAUCACCGACCAAACAAGAAAUACAGUGGAAGACAGGAUUCAUCGGACAUUAAGAAUAGUCCAAGUUUUUAUGGAGACGCUACUUCCAAGAGCAAGAAUAACAUAGUUCCUUGCUAUGUAUAUACAAAUAUAAAUGGAAAGAAAUGUGGUAGGCCCAGGACCCCAAAACCUAUUAAUAGAGAAAAUAAAUGUGUUUCGGAAUCAUCUUUAUCUUUUCCCAAAGAAUCAUCCUUCCCGGAGGACAGUGCAGAGCGCAGGCUCGAGAAGAACUAUCCAAGAUGGCUGACUAGCCAGAAGGCUGACCUCAGUGUCUCAGGGGUAACUAGUAUACCUGACUUUAAGUAUCCAAUUUGGCUCCAUAAUCAAGACUUGCUACCUGAGGCAAAUACUCCAAGGGGUUAUAAAUUACUUAACGAAGAUGAAUAUCACCCUAUACAUAGUUACCAAACACAAAGAACAAAUCAGCUGUUAAAUAAAAUAGAUUGUUUUGAAUAUUCUUUUAAACCUUCAAACUUAACAGACUCCUUCAGUGAGUAUAAAGGAUUAGGUAAUGAAUUUAAAUGUCAGUGUGACAAUCCACUUCUCCCAGGACAAUCCCAAAAGCCAUUCUGUGGUGACAAAAUUGAGUUGCUUAUCCUGAAGGCUAAGAAGAGUCUCAAACAAUCUACUGAAGACUUACCAAAGCCCGUGGGAAAGGAGGACAGCCCUUGCUCCUUAGAUAAACUGGAAGCAGAACGAACGUGGGAAAAUGUCCCUGUUGCUUUCAAACCUCCUGUCCCUGUUAAAGCUGAUGACAGUCCUCAACGAAGUUCCAGGACACAAUGUGGGAAUGAGUUUCUUGAGGACUUUUUAAAGGAUGGGAAUCAGAGCUCUACUCUAUCUGGAGGCAAACAUCAUGGUCCUGUUGAAGCUUUGAAACAAAUGUUAUUUAACCUUCAGACAGUACAAGAAAGUUUUAAUAAGAAUAAAAAUACAGAGCCUGAAGAAGAGAUUAAGCAAGUGUCAGAGGAUGAUUUGUCUAAAUUACAGAUGAAGGAAAAUAUGAUGCCUAUUACUAGGUCUCUUCACAAGGCCUUACAACAUUUAUCCCGCCUGAGAGACCUGGUCGAUGACACCAGUGGGAGACAGUCACCAAGGAAGUGAAGAGGAAAAUAAGCCUUCACCGCAAUAAACAGUCACCACCCAAUGAGUUACGUACUCUUUGCUGUUACUGACACUGAGAAAGUGAACAUUAGCCACGCGUUAUCCUGUCACCAGUUCAAGUGGAUUUACAGCUAAGAAUCGGAACUUGGAAAUAUUCAUAGGCCCGAUUUUAUAUGAAAACAAAAGUGGAAGACACUAAGAUAUAUCCUGAAGUAGUACGUGGAUCCUCAGACCAGAAAACUUUUUAAUAUUCAUAAGUGGAUAAUUUCCUUUCUUGCUAUUUAUCUGGACUCAGUUUUUAUCGACAGUCUUAUCAUUUGCCAUUUAAUUCUUGGUUGUAAAAUCUUUUAGCUUCUUCCCAAAUCAUCUAAAUGUUAUCUUUGAAUGUGUGUGUACUGAGUAUUUUCAAGCACCUACAGGAGUACCACCUACAAGUACUCAACAAUGAGUACCUACAUUGUUGUGUCCUAGGGGUCAUUUUGCUACUUCUAAAGUUUUAUACAUUGGAUAUUUAAGAUGUUCUGUUUGUAAAUGACAUUUAAAUAGUUUGUGACUCAGUGUUAAUGGAAUGUUCUUUUAUUAUGACACCAUAGAAUCUUUUUUUACUUAAUUCAAUUAAUUGAUUCUUUGUAAGAUAAUCUUGAUAAUACUUAACAGUUGACAAAUUAUUUGAGACUAUAUUUGUGAAUUUAAUAUUUGAUAUGUAGUUCCCCAGAUUUUAGAUUUGGGUUAACCUCAAUCUAUUAAAAGCUAUGACAUUAUGAAAAAUCUGAAACUGAACAAAAUAUGAGUGUAGAAAAUCCCAAAACAAUUAUAAUUUAAAGCUAUUUACUAUAGUGUUCCAAAUUUAUCUCUAGAUAGAACUGAGCAGAGUUGUGUUUUGCAGUUUCUACUAAGCAAAUAUUAAUAUUUAUAAUAAGUAGAAAACAUCUUCAUCAAGAACCAGAAUUAUGUAAUAAAGCAUGGAGAAUGCAUUUACAAGCCUGAUGAAAUUAGUGUAUGGUCAAAGACUACAAAUUAACAUUUUACCCAAAGUUGUUCUUAUAGAACAUGAUUUUAAUAUUUUCAACUGUUAAUAAUUCAAUAAACAAUUAUUUUA